AUGGAAUACACAGGCCUCGAACUCCCGGCGUAUAUCCUCGCCGCCCUGACCGGCGCGGGAGGAGCGGUUGGAUAUGCGCGGACGAAGAGCAAGCCCAGCCUCAUCGCGGGAACCGCGGUUGGCCUGCUCUACGGUCUCGGAGGCUACCGCAUCGCAAACAACGAGCCCUACGGCGUUGAGUUGGGUCUGCUCGCAUCGCUAGUCCUGGGCGGGUCUGCCUUUCCCCGCGCUAUCAGGCUUCGGAAGCCGGUGCCCAUCAUGUUGUCCUUGUUCGCGGCGUACGGGCUGUUUACCUUUGGGGAUGCGUUCCGUCGUGCUCUGUAA